AUGUCCGGCGCCAACCUCCGUUAUGGCGUCUACCAAGAGCCCUCGAACCGCACCUUCCCAACUGCCUUCGAGUGCCAUCCCGGCGGCACUACAGAAGCUGCCAUCAUCCUGGCCCUGGGCGUCCUCGGGAUGGCCGCGAACAUCGUCCUCAUGGUCCUCCUCGUGGCCAAGAAGCAUCUCAGAAGAUGGUCGCAAGGCCUAUUAUUCCACCAAGCGGCCGUGGACUGUGCGCGGGCCGCGAUACUCAUCCCUCUCGGCCGAUCCAUCUACAACUGCGUGCCGGUAGCCAAGUGUUCUCUGGUGGAGACUGCCUUCCUGCUGCUUGUCACGGUGUCCACGAUCAACAUGUUAACAACGGUAUUAAGUCAAGUGCUCAACGACGCCCCUCUGCUGCCGGAGGACUCGGACCAGAAGCAGAUGCCGUUGCUGAUGGAGUCCCCGCAGUGUGUGCUCUUCGGUACCUUCAUGAUAUGGUUCGCUUCCAUCACGAUCAACUUGGGUCCCACGUUCCUGUCUGGGGCACUGGCAGCUAACAUUGAUGAGGUCCACAACGCCCCAUCCUGCCCCCUCAUCACGGGUCCUCUCCGCCACUAUGUGCUCAACGUGCUGUGGAUCGUCAUCAACGUCCUCGUGGUGCUGCUCACGGUCUUCCACCUCUACAAGCUGUACCGGGAUCUGUCCAACUCCUCCCUGGAGGCUGUGCGCAUCGCCUCGCUCGUGACCACCAUGAUUAGCGUCACGCAGCCUCAGAAUCAAGCGUGGUGUUCUGGGGCCCUCUGUUCCUGGUGACUCUUCUCACGCCGUCAGGAGGCAAGUCGGGACUCAGCCACGAGGUGACCCUCCACGUGGCCUAUGUUCACGCUUUCGUCAACCCAGCGCUCUUCCUCGCUCUCCACAAGGGUCUGCGAAAGGCUGUCACUGACAUCAUGUGCUGUCAUUGUUCCUCGGACGAGCGGAGCAGCCGGAGCGCAGGCUUAGGGGCGAUGCAGACCAACAUGACCGGUUCUCGCCCCAGCCUAGGAGGGGGACUUGGGGGGUCCAUGAGUGCCAGUGGGGGUCUGAGUGGCACUGGCCUGAGCGGGGGCCUCAGCACUAGUGGGCUCAGUGGUGCCACGGCCAUGUCCACGGCAGGGGGAGCCCAGGCGAUGCCACACUUCGACUGUGACGGAGACAUCACCCCUCCUUUCUCAUCUAUCAACAGACCAUAUCUAUUCAACGAAGUCAACAGUUCACCCAGCAGUCUGAGAGGUUCACACCAGGAUCUGAACUCACAGCACCGCAUGAACCUGAACACACCCAACAAGAACAGGGAGACCACUCUUUGAUGAAGGAGAUAAAGCCCUCACUUAUGCAGGACUAAAGUAAGCCAGGAUUAAUUUAAGAUUGGUUUUUAGCCUUUACUGAAUCGGAGAGUCAUUCCUGAUCACCUUCUGUAUUCAUCAACUUGAGCCUUUGAUUUAAAUAUGUUUCUGUGGGUAAUGAGAAAAAAUUCAACACCUCCCCAGAAGGAAGUCUC